CGCUGACAGCCCAUUUGCCUAGGCUGGAAGCGCAUCAGCGAAUCAAGGAGGCGGAGUCUUCGUGGCGUAUAAAAGCGAUCCGUCUCAUCGCAGAACACGCACUUCUCUCCUAGUGAGCUACCAGCAGUAACAGCAGCUCCUUCAGGCCACUUGACUCGUCAAGCAUCAUGAAAACUUUCACACUGACCGUCGCCUGCCUCUUGGUGGCCGGAGCCCAUUGUGGCGCCAUCUACACCUACGGCGUUCCAGCCACCUAUCCAGUUGUCCACCAGCCUUUGGUGCAGCCCCUGGUGUACCAGACUGCGGUCAGGGCCCCCGUUGUGGCACAUCACAAGGAACUGGUUCACGUACCACACCAGGGGUACAGCUACGGCCUUCAGGAGAGCAAGGUGGUCCAGCCAAAGUCCACCGUCGUCCACCACGACCCACUCACCGGCCUGCCGUACCAGCAGACCGACUACCACCACGCCCCAGUCGUCACUGGUUCCCGGAGCUCGGUGCACCACAGCCGUCCAGGCUACGUCGCCGAGCGCACCAAGACCUACGUCCUCUGAACGUGCCACGAGCGACGAUCAGGUGCCGCAACGACUUGCUGACCAACUCUCACGCCUACCCCUGUCCCCGUUUCCCACCUCCUCUCACGUGUGAAUA